ACAGGAACUUCCUGCUCCGACAGAGAGGAGCUGAAGGCUGUUUUUUGCCAGCUGGUCGCUGCGACUCGCAGCUACGUAAACUAUUUAAGACAACAACAAGUUAACUUAGGCAUUUCAUUACAAACAGCGAGCUUUACAAAUGUCGCAACGGACCAACAGGACUCCGCAGCAUGACGUUGAAAAACUCUAACGGGGAGUCAGGCUGAAACUGCCAAGCCUCAUGAAAAAGACAGUUUUAUUGUCCUAGCUUGCUAGCUAACGUUAGCUAUUUGUCUCGUGAGUUACAGACGGCGAGGGAUGUCUUUACGGUACAAAUACCGGCGCCCUCCGCCGAUCAUAAAGCAGGGUCAUGAUGAAGACUCGGAUGCGGAGGAGCCUCCACCGGGUCUGCUGAUCAGGGCGGACGGACUGGAGAACCAGGUCAUCCACAGCGGACACUUCAUGGUGUCUUCGCCGCACAUCGAGCACCCUCCGAAGAAGGGCUACGACUUCGACACUGUCAACAAACAGACCUGUCAAACUUAUCAUUUUGGGAAGGCGAGCAUGUCCCACCUCUCCAUAGAUGCUUCACUGACCAAACUCUUUGAAUGCAUGACUCUAGCGUACAGUGGGAUGUUGGUAUCUCCCAAAUGGAAAAACUUCAAAGGUCUAAAACUGCUUUGGAGAGACAAGAUCCGUCUCAACAACGCCAUAUGGAGAGCCUGGUAUAUGCAGUAUGUGGAGAGAAGGGAGAAUCCUGUGUGUCACUUUGCAACUCCCCUGGAUGGAACCAUGGACUUGGACGUCCAUCGUCCUACAGAGGGCAUUGCCACAGAGGGGAAAUGCUUGAAAAGGAGAAUUGAAAUUGUCAUCAGAGAAUACCACAAGUGGAGAACAUACUUUAAAAAAAGGUUACAAAAGCACAAGGAUGAUGACCUCUCAAGCUUACUUAAGGGACCCGAGGAGCAGUUUUCGCUGUUUGGGGAAGUCUCUCCAGACAUGCUCCGUGUCUCAUUUUAUCAGGAUGAAGAGACUGCAGUUCGCCGUGUGCCUCGUAGGCAUAAUGAAAUGCCGGCCCCCAUGGAGAUGGACCCCCUCUUUGACAUGGAUGUUCUGAUGUCUGAGUUUUCAGACACGUUGUUCUCAACCUUGGCCUCACACCAGCACAUAGCAUGGCCUAAUCCAAGGGAGAUUGCUCAUGCUGGGAAUGCAGACAUGAUCCAACCUGGACUCAUCCCUUUACAACCCAACCUAGACUUCAUGGACUCCUUUGAUCCACUGCAAGACUUAUUUCACAGCCUCCGUCCGCCCGUCUUCCCCUCUGUUUUACCCACUGCACCAUCUGUCACCCCUCUACCCAGCAGCAGCUCUCGGUCCCAGACCCAGUUAAUGUCCUCCAUGCUCACGAGCAACCACAUAUCCCCUCCUGGCCCUCUGCCCAUCCCCUCUCCCAUGGCCAGUCAAACCAGUCCAACAGGAGCUGGUGGUCGUGAUUCUGCCUAUGCAAGAAACUACAUGCCUCUAUUUCCUGGGCAGGUGGCGCCCUGUGAUCUAAGAGUAGUUUCCUCAGUCUCUCAGCCGUUAAGCUAUGAUCCGUUAUUGCAGUGCCUUUCUGGUCAGGACUUGACCUCAGCACCAGCUCCGAUGGUUCCCUCACCGCUGGACAAUACCUCAGCGCUGGAUGAGACGCACACCGCCCCCUCUACAGUCCCACCCAGCGAUGCAGCCUCCAACUUCAGCCAGGCCUCAGAGUAUAGCUCCAUAUCUGCACCGCCUCCCCCUUCCCAACUGCAGUCUUUGGCUCCAUUACCGGCCCCUCCUGUCAGGCACCCUCAGACUUUUGUCCUGCCUCGCCCCUUUCAGUCAUCCAGUUCCAACAAAAAUCGCCCUGUGCAAAGGAUUGCUCCUGCUAACACCCUCCCCACCUCCCACCUCAUCCUCACAGCCCCUUUCCCAGGUCAUGCCAACGCUGUUAUUGUUACACCAACACCUCUGAAAGCCGACGUCCAUAAUACUGGAGUAGUCAUCACUCCUUCUCAACUUGGAGGGGCUCCUGGAUUUCACGUUGUGUCUCACAAGUCUCCACAACUGAUAGUCCCCAAAGAAAAGUCUUCUAACCACAAAAAUCAAAAAGCCUCCUCCAGUGCCGGUCACAGUCAGCCAGAAUCAGGUCAGGGAUCCCCGUGUGGGUUAGAUCAAGCUCCUAGUCCCCAGUCGCUGAUCAGCAGCAGCACUGUAACGCUGGUGAAGAUUGAACAAAACCAGAGCCGAAGGACAACACACAUAUCUGCUGAGCAAAAGAGACGAUCAAAUAUAAACAUUGGCUAUAAAACACUCUGCAACCUGAUCCCUACUUUAAAGUCCCAAUCCAAUAUCAGUAAUGCCAUCACGUUGCAAAAGACUGUGGAUCACAUUGGGAAGCUCCAGCAGGAGAGGCAGCAGAUGCAGGAGGAGGUCAAAAGACUACGAGAGGAGAUAGAGGAGCUCAACGCCUCCAUUAACUCGUGCCAGGAGCAGCUGCCUGCGACAGGGGUGCCCGUCAGGAGGAACCGCUUUGAACACAUGCAGGAGAGGUUCAAAGAAUAUGUGAUGAACCGCACCCUGCAGAACUGGAAGUUCUGGAUUUUUAGCAUCAUUAUCAAGCCUCUGUUUGAUUCAUUCAAUGAGAUGGUGUCAACCACAAGCAGAGCAGAGCUGUGUCAGACCACGUUGCAGUGGGUCGAUCGUCACUGCUCCCUCCCAGUGCUCAGACCCAGUAAGUAAAGGACUAUCAGUGGUGCUGAGUACUCUUCGCAAGCUGAGCACAAACACGUCCAUCCUAAGCGAUCCAUCCCUCCUGCCUGAAGAAGCCAUCCAGGCUGUUUCACACACAGACGUGUAGCCUCGCUCUCUGAGGUGAGGCGGACAAAAAAAACACCUGAAACUUUUAAAGCAAUCAUCAAAAUGACAUAUCACUAGUUCACCUUACAGCCGCUCAGCAAGGACACCACGUCUUCCACAGAUCCUCCACCUCUCUGAAAAAUAAACAAAAUGAAAAAAUGCGAGCUACUUUCACUCUGUAUGUACGACGGUCCUACACUUGUUGUGUUGUACGUUGAUUCUUGGGAAUAAGGCACACAGGGGGCCUUAUCUUUUACAUUACUUGUAUAACAAUAGUGCAAAAAUGGCUUUAUCAUGUUGUAUUUUAAUGACAACUACGUCUACCUUCGCCUAUAUCAGGUGAAGAUCUUUUAAAAACGUUAUCAAAAGGUGGUACUUUGUGUUUAUUUGUGAACAACAAUAUAUAUAAAAAAUGACUUGCAUGAUGUGAAAGCACAACAAUGUGUUGGAAAGGGAAUUAUUGAGUGAUUGUUCAUCUUAUGUUCUCUAGCAGUUGUUUAAGUGUAGAGAUAAGAUGCUUUCAUAACAAGGAGAUGGUGGAGUAUAGCGUUGUUUGUGGCAGCUCUGAAACCUCCAUAGGUUUUAUAUCGGAGUGUAGAGGAUUGCCUGAAACGUGGUCACAAAAAUCACUUGUGCUUAAAGUAUAACUGAUAUUUUUCAACAAGGACCCUAUUUCUUCAUGGUUUUGUAUCCAAGUUACUAAUGGGGAAAACAAUAUUUUAAUAUUAGUCAUGCAGGGAGAGCGCUGCAAUGUAAUCCUUCCCGUAAGUCAACCACUGUCUGUGUAUUUCUACUUGAAGUGCUUUUUUGGCCACUGACAUGCUCAUAUUGUGAAAUAUUAUUCUUGUAAGUGUCUGACAGCAUUAUGGAAAGGACAUUCAGUGAAUACCAUUUUUUUUCUUUCACUUGCUCCGGUCUGUUAGCCCGGAAAUGUCUCCACCUGAAAUAUUGUCACAUCCACAUUGUCAAAAACAGCAGCCAUGACAUUAAAACCUGUAAGAUAACACUAAGCUACACUUUCUUUACUCCAACAAAACAAACUCUGAGAACACCAGCACACCAAGCGGCAUCAAGACGGUGUUAAAGACAUUUUAUUUCUCUGUCCUUACAUAAUGUUGUGAGACGUAAUAAUAAUAACAUUCUGAACCGGCCAUUGCCAAAAGCAAGCGUUUAAGUAUGUUUAUUUAGUAUAUCACAACACCCGAAAACAGUACAAUCUAUAACAGUUAAACCUAAAUAACAGAUCUUAAAAAUACACAAUGGAAGUAUGAGGCGAGACAAAGGCCAGAUGAGAUGGUCUUCAGCUCUAUAUGUAAAAACACAAAUCUUGAAUUGUGAGCUUGAUGGAAGGCAGAUAAAAUGGGUGUGUGCAGCCUUCCUCAUGUCUGCUGUCUGCAGCGCUCUCCCAAAAUGACCAAUUUAAAAGAAAUGUUAACCCAUUAGUCACUAAGACUAAACUAGAAUAGUGUCCAAGUUCAAAAAUACCAAUGUUGUGCUUUAAUAAGGACAAGGAAGCAGAGUGCUUUGUCUUCUUUUCUGUCUAUCAUUUACUCAGGUGAAUGCCUUUUUGCAAGUGGUUUUCCACCCAUGCUGAACAUUUUUCUUCAUACGCUGUUUGCUCUGCCCGUUUCCAGUGAAUUCAACUGCAAAAUGUGCAAGAAAGCAGUCAUCUUCAAUACAGUAUGAAUGUUACAUACCUGGGUCUUAACUGGGCAGGUCACAGCAUCAUGGAGCAAUAUUACUUACAGCCCUCAUAGGGAACUUAACUGAAAUAGCAGUAGAGGUUAUAUACCAUAUUUCACAUGUACAGUGUUACAAGAUCUUAGCUGAAUGCAAAGUAGUCACUCAGGGCUUUGCUGGUCAGCGUAAUUAUUUUCCAUUUAGCUGAAAAAACUCUAUUCGGUGUCCUUCUCCGCAGGAAACAUGUCGUAGGGAUGUAAGCAGGGUUCGAGUUAUGUGGGAGCCAAUGGGAGCUGAGCUCCCAUAAGGAGGGGUCUGAGCUCCUAUGAAAGCAGUGAAAUCAUGCAUAUGUGGGGGACGCAUUACCAACAACCAUUAUUUUAAUCACAAAAAAUGCAUGUGUCAAUGUAAUGACUAUUAUUACUCGUUAACGAGGUAAAUAUAGGCUAAAAGAAAAACCUGUUUUCCAAAAGAACUACGCAUUGUAUUCUCUCUUGAAUGACAAUAUGCCUGCACUUCACCUCCAAGGUGCCAAGUGGAGGGAUGCUCAGAUUAUAACUCGAACUCUGGAUGUCAGGUUACAAGUCACAUUUGCCUAUGUUGUUUUCUGCUCGUAGACACAUUAAUUUAUACCGUGGAAAGACAGAAACAGACCCAAAAACAAAUAAAUAACAUAGUUAACCGACAUAUAGUUCAUUGUUUUUGUUACUGACGAUGCUCUGUUGCCUGCUUUGCAAUAAGACAAUGUGCAGUCUGCUGUAUAUCAGCUUUCAACUCAAAAUGAAUUGCCCUUACUUUAAUUUGUGGUUCGGCUCUCUCAGGCAGGCAAUGAUUUUGGGAUAUUUCUUUCUUUUUCUGCAGAACAACCCUGUUUACUCCGAGUGUUACAUUAGAAAAUGGCAACACUGGUCUUUCUUAUUUCUUGAAUGUGCAGCUUUUUGUGUGUUUUAUUUUGGAUUGCAGAUUGCAGUCUUUUAUUUGUUUUUGUUUUUGUAAAUGAUUAAAAUACUUGACCUGUUAAUGUACAGGCUGCUCUAUACAGUAAGAUAGGGAUAGCGGUAAUCACUGAUGUCAAUUAAAACAUUCACAGUGAUGCAAAUCAAUCGGCCUAUGUCAAAUACCCCAGUGUAACACUGUAGCAUUUGAUUUAGUUUGUUAUUUUUUCCCUUCCCCUCUGAUUGUAAAAUAUUUGUCAUACCAGGCUGAGGGUUUUGUACCUGAUGUGAACAAUCAUUGCAGACUGCAUCCGUUCACGUUGGCUCUUCACCAAUUAAGUGUUAUAUUUCUAUUGUUUUACGACAUAAAGAGAUUUUCUAUGUGUUGCAUCUAUGUUUUAUUUUUUCGCGUUCUUGCAAAGUUCCCGAAUUUCUUCACCUAACAAGUUUAAAUAAGCCUUGAAUGAUUCGGAAUCACAAUAAAAGCAACAAUUUUGAAAAUC